CUCGCACCUUGCCUCAUCACCACAUUCACGCAACAAGAACGGAGCGCAGGCAUCAUGACGACCUACUUCGACACCGUCAAGAAGUCCUAUGCCGACGUGCCCCUCACCGACGAGGGCGUCGACACGUCGGCCUUCCUCGAGGCCACCGAGGGCCUCGUCAAGCUCUUCGACCUGCUCGGCAGCUCGGCGUUUGCCAUUGUGCAGAACGACAUGCGCGGGAACGUCAAGAAGAUCAGAGACCGUCUCCUGGCCUCGCCGAUGGAGAGCAACACGCUCGAGCGCCUCGUGGCCAACGAGGGCAAGCCGGGCGAGAAGAAGCGUGUGGCGACCGAGGGGUUGAUGUGGCUGCUUCGCGGCCUGGACUUCACAGCCCAAGCGCUGCGUCGCUCGCAAACGGACAAGAGCGAGGAGCUGACGGUGUCGUUCACCAAGGCAUACGAGGGCACGCUGCGCAAGUAUCACAACUUUGUCGUCAAGGGUGCAUUCGGACUGGCAAUGAAGGCCUGUCCGUGGCGCAAGGACUUCUACGAGAAGCUUGGCUCUCCGCCGGAGCGAGUAGAGAGCGAGCUCGAGGCAUGGCUGAACGCGCUGGAGAAGAUUGUGUCGCAGCUGCAGGGCUUCUAUGCACAGGGCAACUACGACAAGGGUCUGUAGAAGGCGUUGCAGAACGUUGCACACGCGCGAGGAAACGGCGACGGGGGACAGUGAUGGGAUGGAGAGAGGGAGGGCUAGAGCGAGAAGGGCGACUGCGAGGACGGGCGAGGGAGAAUCGGAUCUGUUGUUUCACCGCA